UUCUUGUGUAAUGAAUAAAGUUUUGCGUGUCUUCUCUCUCCAGUACAGCAGGAGGCGCUCUGCAGCUCUUUAGUCCGCCGAUAAACCCACUAAAGAAAGAAAGAAAGAGCUCGCGUGUGAUGUGUUUGUGUAUCCUCCGUGUUUUUCUCUCUUGAGUGUUUUAUUGAGUGUAAACAGAGUCUUGUCUCUGUGUAUUUUAGUGUUGAUGAUGAGAUGGAUGUGAUGUGUUGUAAAUCAGGAACUGAUCAGGGCUUACAGGAUGAGGAAUCUACUGAUCAAACCUCCACAGAGUCUCUGGAUUCUGUCUGGAACGCUGGAGAACAGCAGCAGAUCCUGCAGACCAAACUCAAGAUGUGUUCAGUCAAACUCAUCGACUUCAGGAACCUCAUGAUGAAGAUUAAAACUGAACCUACAGAAAUAAAGACUGAACCUACAGCAGAUGAAUAUAAAGACAAAGACAGUGAUUGUCAUGAUUUUAUUCCGUCAGAUGUAAAGAGUGAAUUAUGUUUGGAUGGAGAGAUAACGUCCUCGACUCUUUCCUGCAUCACCGGUGGAGAGACAUUGAGCUCACAGAGACAUUUAAAGAGACACCACAGAGAACAGAAACAUCAUCUAAAGAAACACGCCAAUGAGAGACCGUAUCAGUGCCGUGAAUGUGGAAAAACCUUUAGGAAUGCAAGGUUAUUAAAAUCACACCAGAAUAUUCACUCUGAAGAGAAACCCUUUCAAUUUCCAAAACAUUUCCGUCAUAAAUCUCAUCUGAUAGUCCAUGAGAGACUUCACACUGGAGAGAAACCUCAUCACUGUAGUGUUUGUGGGAAGAGAUUUAAUCAAUGUAAAUAUUUAGUGAUUCACCAAAGAAUUCAUACAGGACAAAAACCGUAUAAAUGCUCUCAGUGUGAGAAGACGUUUUCUCAAUCAGCUUCCUUAAAAGCCCAUCAGAGAAUUCACACUGGAGAAAAACCUUACAAAUGCUCUCAUUGUGAGAAGACGUUUACUCAGUCAGGUCACUUAAAAUCCCAUGAGAGACUUCACACUGGCGAGAAACCUUACCAAUGCUCUCAGUGUGGAAUGAGCUUCACUAAUUUAAAUUCUUUUAGAGUUCAUCAGAGACUUCAUACUGGUGAAAAACCUUACAAAUGUUCUCAUUGUGAGAAGACAUUUACUCAGUCAGGUCAAUUAAAAUCCCAUCAGAGAGUUCACACUGGAGAGAAACCUUAUAUCUGCUCGAUCUGUGGAGAGAGUUUCAGUCAUAAAUCUCAUCUGAUAGUCCAUGAGAGAAUUCACACUGGAGAGAAACCUCAUCACUGUAGUGUUUGUAGGAAGAGUUUUAUUCAACGUCACCAUUUAGUUUCACAUCAGAGAACUCAUACAGGUGAAAAACCUUACAAAUGCUCUCACUGUGGGAAGAUGUUUGCUUAUUCAGGUUCCUUAAAAGUCCAUGAGAGAAUUCAUACUGGAGAGAAACCUUACGUCUGCUCUCAUUGUAGAAGGAGUUUCUCACAUCACAAUGCCUUUAGAAUCCAUAAGAGAAUUCACACUGGAGAGAAACAUCAUCACUGUGAUGUUUGUGGGAUGAGUUUUUAUCAACGUGUCAAUUUAGUGAAUCAUCAGAGAAUUCAUACAGGAGAAAAACCUUACAAAUGCUCUAAGUGUGAGAAGAUGUUUACUCAGUUAAAACACUUACAAAUCCAUGAAAGAGUUCACACUGGAGAGAAACCUUAUGUCUGCUCUCAUUGUGGAAAAAGCUUUUCUGAUCCAUCUUAUUUUAGAGUCCAUGAGAGAAUUCACACUGGAAAGAAACCUCAUCACUGUAGUGUUUGUGGGAAGAGUUUUAAUCUACGUGAUUAUUUAGUGAAACAUCAGAGAAUUCAUACAGGUGAAAAACCUUACAAAUGUUCUCUGUGUGAGAAGACAUUUACUCAUUCAGGUCACUUAAAAGCUCAUCAGAGAGUUCAUACUGGAGAGAAACCUUACGUCUGCUCGAUCUGUGGAAAGAGUUUCAGUCAUAAAUCUCAUCUGAUAGUCCAUGAGAGACUUCACACUGGAGAGAAACCUCAUCACUGUAGUGUUUGUGGGAAGAGAUUUAAUCAAUGUAAAUAUUUAGUGAUUCACCAAAGAAUUCAUACAGGACAAAAACCGUAUAAAUGCUCUCAGUGUGAGAAGACGUUUGCUCAUUUAACUUCCUUAAAAGCCCAUCAGAGAAUUCACACUGGAGAAAAACCUUACAAAUGCUCUCAUUGUGAGAAGACGUUUACUCAGUCAGGUCACUUAAAAGCCCAUGAGAGACUUCACACUGGCGAGAAACCUUACCAAUGCUCUCAGUGUGGAAUGAGCUUCACUUAUUUAAAUUCUUUUAGAGUUCAUCAGAGACUUCAUACUGGUGAAAAACCUUACAAAUGCUCUCAUUGUGAGAAGACGUUUACUCAGUCAGGUAACUUAAAACUCCAUGAGAGACUUCACACUGGCGAGAAACCUUACCAAUGCUCUCAGUGUGGAAAGAGCUUCUCUGAUCCAUCUCAAUUCACUGUUCAUCAGAGAGUUCACACUGGAGAGAAACCUUACGCCUGCUCUCAAUGUGGAAAGAGCUUCUCUAAUCAAUUAUCUAUUAAAGUUCAUCAGAGAGUUCAUACAGGAGAGAAACCUCAUCACUGCAAUGUCUGUGGGAAGAGUUUUAGGCAACAGGCUACCUUUAUAAAGCACCAGAGAACUCAUACAGGAGAAAAACCUUACAAAUGCUCUCAGUGCGAAAAGGCGUUUGCUCAGUCAGCUUCUUUAAAAGUCCAUGAGAGAGUUCACACUGGAGAGAAACCUUAUCACUGUAAUGUUUGUGAAAAGAGUUUUAAUCGACAUCACAGUUUAGUGAGACACCAGAGAACUCAUACAGGUGGAAAACCUUACAAAUGCUCUCAUUGUGAGAAGACGUUUGCUGAGUCACGUUCCUUAAAAGUUCAUGAAAGAGUUCAUACUGGAGAGAAACCUUACGUCUGCUCGAUCUGUGGAGAGAGAUUUGCUUCUUCAAGAAGUCUUCAGAAUCAUAAGAAGAAACAUACUGAAGAACAAACUACACUGAGAUCAUCAUAGUGUCGGUGCAAUAACAUGCAAAAAAAUAAUUGAUUUCUAAUAAUUGAUUAAAGAUGACAUAGAAUGAUUGAACGGGGUAUUUAUCCUUGUUCUGUGAUGUGACAUUUAGACAAAUUAUUUUUGUUUGGGUCUGUAAUGCCUUAGAAGUUUCCUAAAAACCUCUCUCAGAUAGCUCUAUUAGGGUGGGGGAUUUUAAACAAGUGGUUUUGCCUCCCCCUACUGGCUUAAUUUGCAAUCUCAUUACUGAUUGGCUGACUUUGCUGGUACUCAAAAAAUGUUGCCAAUUAUUUUAAAGUGGAGGGGCAGUUAGAUGCCUGUGAUGUCAUAUAAGCAUCAGUUUUUCAGAUUGGGCCGUUUUCUGGCUGACAUUUCAAAAAGAGGAAUUUCUAUGAGACUGAGAUGUUGAGCAUGUCUAUCACUUUUUUAUGUUUGUGAAUGCGGGUAGACUACCAUUAUUCAACAAAAAAAAGGGAAAAAUGUUUUUUUAUUCUCUGUCCCCUUUAAGGGAAAACGUCAUGCUGCAAUGCAUGCUGGGUAUUAUAAAAUGGUUAGUUCCAUUCCUUGAUUCUGAUUGGUCAAUAGGUGUGCUUUAUUCACGAUAAAACACGGCUAUGACCGCUUCACCCAACGGUUCUGUUUAUCACUGCGCCCUUAGCAACCACACGUAUCGGUUUGUUGUUUUUAUUUGAGCUUUCAUGCAUAUUACACAUUGGAACACAUUUUUGUUCACGGUCAGGGACAAUUUUUUCUACCAUAAGGAAUGGCUUUUAUUGAUUUAACUUCAUGAAAGUUGCUCUAAUAUUUUUUUUACUUUAAUAUUGUGUAGUAACCGUUUUAUAAAAGCAAUAAGGUACUUGAGGCAAGUGCUGUAUUGUGAAUAAGUAACGGCUGAACUGCGCUUCGCGUCGUUCCUAACAACACCCUUCAGCCGUUACUUAUUCACGAUACAGCACAGCCUCUCGUACCUUAUUGCUUACUUAACAAAUUCCAAAUCUCACCCAGGAUGCCCAGAAUGCACUGCGGCAUGGAUAAAUAAUGAACGUCUUACAAUUUUAUUUGUCACCAUGUUGAGAUUCAAACUUUGGUUCUUAAUGUUUGUACGUCCCAAAUGUACAGCGGUUAAUGUUUGUCCAAAGCUUCUAAAACUCCUUUGAAACUUUCUUAGAACUUUUUUCUGUUAGCUAUGAUUCAGUUUUUUGUAUGAUUGAUCAAUGCAUUUUAUUGUUUAAAUUUGACUUUGGAUUACUUCGUAUUAUUGACGUGCUUAUCUUGCUAAUAAAUUCCAAUGUUUAGAAAGUUAAUUUAAUAUAUCCUUUGUUAACACAAAUCCAUGAUGAGGAUUGAGGAGACAUAUCGCCAUGCCUUUUUUAUUUUAUUUAGUUGGUGGAUAAUUUACAGGGUCAAUCAUUUGUGCAUUGACUACCUUUAUUUAUAUGGACUGAUGAACUCUUAACUAGUUGUAUCAAGCAGAGUUGUGUGUGUGUGUGUUUGUUUAAGGCUGGAUUUUGUUGACAGAAAAGUAAAAGUAACUAUGUCUCUUUUUUUUAAAAAUCCUGUUUAGUCACAGUAAACUAUUGGUAGCUACAUUUUCCAGCUACAUUCAAUGGUAUUUCUACAUCACAUAAUUUACAACAACAGUUUAUUGCUGUACUAACACAGCAUCUGCAAAGGUAUUGAAUAAUAAAGCAAUUUUCAUGUGUAAGUUUUUCAGACAGUCCCAGACUAAAGCUGUCUUAGCCCAACACCUUGAACUGACAUCUUAAAAUAUAUCUGUGUCAUUGUUUUGUGUCAAGAUGCACACCAGUAAUGUUUUUGUAAGGUGUGUUUGUAAAACUAUUUAAAUGCCCUAAGGCCUACUGAGUUUUAAUUCGCGUUAUACAGUCACUGGACAAAAUAAUGUGAACACUUUACUAUGGGGUCAAAAUAAUUUGGCUAACCCUGAUAAACUACUUUGCAAAAUAACAUGAAGUUUGCAAAUGACCUCUUAUUUAACUCUUUGUAUUCUUUAAGCUUUGUAUUAUUGCAGUUUAAGUUGUUUAGUCAGAACAUGUGGUGUAAAUGAAAUAUAUCUGUUUUAGG